AUGAGAUCGAGAGGCCAAACAAGCUGCCCCCUUCGGUCACCAGCUACACCAGACUGUCAACAUGCCCACCCCCUCCAGGCCGUCUACGCCGCCCCCGACGCGGGCACCUCCUUCCAGCACGAGCUGCCCGUCGCAACCAACACCAGCCUCGCCGCAAAGCAAGCCCAUCUGGCAGCCCUGCAAACGCUCGUCCCAAAACUGCAGGAGCAGAUCAACGUCUACCUGACCGCGCGCAUGGAAGAAGACAAGAAGGCACAAGGUGCCAUUUCCGAAAAGGAAGCCGCGGAAGAAGAGAACUACGGUGAAGAAGUGGUGGAGGAAGAUGCAUGA